AUGCUUCACGUGAAUAACACGGAUAAUUACGGACGAAGUGGUCAACCAAACCGUGAUCCUAUACACAAAAUCCGACCUCUUUUUAAUAACUUUGUACUCAAAAGCAAGAAUAGCUUUUAUUCUGGCGAGAGUCUCACAGUUGAUGAAGGUUUAUGUCCAUUCAGAGGGAGAAUUCUAUUUCGAGUAUAUAUCAAGAACAAACCGAGCAGGUAUGGUAUAAAAUUUUUCGUUCUAAGUGAUUCAGUAACAGGAUAUGUAGUGAACUGUGCAGUGUACAUUGGUGCAGGUGAAAAAUACAACAGUGCAGAUUCAGUGGUGCCACGUUUGUGCAACAGUUAUCUACGUAAGGGUCAUACACUGUACAUGGACCUGUUUUAUAUUUCUGUAAAAUUAUUUGAAAGAUUGUUUGAUGAGGGCGCACUUGCUGUUGGCACAGAAAUGAGAAACAUAAGAGGCCUACCACAGGAAUUCAAACAGAAUAAUCUAAGAAGAGCUGAAAUAGCAUUCAAGAGAACAAAUUCCGCACUAGCACUUCACUGGGAAGAUACUAGGGAUGUGUUUGCCCUUUCUACCAAACAUAGAAUGACAAGUAGUUUUACAAAGACAAAAUCCGAGCCCGGAAUGGUACAGAAACUGAAGCCUGAUCUCAUACUUGAUUAUAAUGAAAAUGAAACUGCUGUUGAUCAUGGAGAUCAGCUAGUGACCUACUACUAUAUUCAACAACGAACGAUGAAAUAG